AUGAGGGAUGACGAGGAUAUAAAAAGGGAGCGUAGGGCGUUGGCGACUAGAGCGAAUAUGCUGGCACAUAGAUUUAGGCGCUGCACUACGCCGGUAAAGAUAACCUUGUUUCGAGCCUUUUGCACGACUUUCUAUGCAUGUGCACUAUGGACCAGCUAUACGCAAAGGUCGCUAAACGACCUACGCAUCCAAUACAACAAUGCCUUCAGGGCACUGUUGCGGCUGCCUCGCUGGUGCAGCGCGUCCGGGAUGUUCGCGGAUGCGCGCGUGAACGGGUUCCCGGCCAUCAUGCGCGCGCGCUGCGCGGCUGCACUGCGGCACCUGCGGGACAGUCGAAACAGUCUCCUGACUGUUAUAGCGGACAGGAUGGACAGUCAGCUUCUUGCGCACUGGGCCGGGGUACACUCGGUGGUGGCUACAUACACAUGA